UCCCGUAUUACCUCACACAACCAAUGCGUUUAUCCUUCCUCGUCGUCAUUGCUACUUUUGACGGCAUCUAUAUCUGUUGAUGCCACACCAGCUGUUCUCGGCGGGCGAGGCUGUUCUGCUGAGUUCUCGCCUUGCCACUCGAAUCGUGAUUACUGCUCUCUAGACUGUAUUUUGGUUGCGAGUACUCGGAGUAGUUUGCUUAGCAUCCAAUAUUCAACCCCCUUUGACCCUAUAAUGUAAGUUCUAUGAUCCAGUACCACAAGCGAGAGAUGUGAAUAUCAUUGGCACCCAGGAUGGGCCAUGUCGCUAGAAGGAAUAUUGGGGCCCAAACCGUAUGAAAUACAUGGGUGACAAUACCAGAAGUGCGGAGAAUCACGGUCAAUAAUGCAGCAGCAAAGAACGCCAUUCCCAAAACCAGAAGUGCAAGCGGCAGACUGAGCUUG